GUAUUUAUUUUAUUCCUAGAAAUAACUUUAUUUUAAGUAUACAUAAAUAUAUGUCAUAAGUACAUCUACAGAUAAAAGCAUAAAUGUAUUUCUGAUACAUUUUACUCAUUAAAACUCAUUAAAUGUUGUUUACAAUUUUACAAAGGUAUUUUGAAAACGAUAAAGUCACCUUGACCUUUAAAUGACUAUGUAUCGUUUUGCUUAAUAAUUUUCCUAUCUUAUCGAUAAUUACUGUCAAGCAACAAGUUACUUUAACUCAGUUAAAUAUUAAGUUUAUUAAUAUCGACCAGGCAUAAUGUCUGUUGUUCAACAAAAAGUUGUUUUUGUGGGCACCAUCGCCUCUUCAAGUGCUUUGGACCGGUUAACUAUUUUAAAAGGCUUUAUAGCCAUCGAGAAUGGAAAGAUAACUAAAAUAGGUUCUACUGAAGAAUUAAACACAAACAACACAUCAAAAGAAUUAUUGGACUUCAAAAAAGUAGUUCUUGAUGAAAAUCAACUGUUAAUACCUGGUUUUAUAGAUUGUCAUACCCAUGCACCUCAGUUUCCUAAUAUUGGCCUAGGUCUAGACCGACCUUUACUUGAGUGGCUAGACAAAUAUACAUUCCCCUUGGAAAGUAAAUAUGUUGAUGUUAACUUUGCAAAGAGUAUAUACAGAAAAGUUGUGCAAAGGUUAAUUAAUAAUGGUACAACAACAGCCUGCUACUUUGGCUCACUCCAUCUUGAUGGGACAUUGGCACUAGUUGACAGUGCAAUCAAACAUGGACAGAGGGCGCUAGUGGGCAAAGUUAGCAUGAACAUUGUGAAUGAUGCGGGAUAUUAUAAUGAUACAGCUAAAGAAUUGAGAGAUGUUGAAUGUUUUGUACAGAAAGUAUUGGGAUGUAAGAAUGAUUUAGUGUAUCCAGUUGUGACACCAAGAUUUGCGGUGAGCUGUGAUGCUACAUUAAUGAGUGGUUUAUCUGAUAUUGCUAAUAGAUAUGGAUGUAGAAUACAGAGCCAUAUAUCAGAAAAUGUUAAAGAAAUUGAACAUGUAUUGGAUGUCAACCCUGGCUGUAAGAGUUAUUCAGAAGUAUAUGAUAAAAGUAAUAUACUUAAUGAUAAGUGUAUUAUGGCGCAUGCAGUGUACCUGUCCGAGGAGGAGAUGUCACUGCUGGUGUCGCGCGGCGUGUCUGUGGCGCAUUGCCCCGCCUCCAACACACGUCUGCGCUCAGGACUCUGCCCCGUCAGGGAACUGAUACAUGCAGGUCUUACUGUCGGACUGGGCACCGACGUGUCCGGUGGUGAUAGUUCAUCAAUACUGGAUGCGAUGCGACGCGCCAUGGACGUCUCCUCACAUCUGGAGAUGUUGGAGACCAGUGUAACGAGACCUGCUCUCAACUGGAAAGAAGUAUUCUACCUCGCCACGCUAGGGGGCGCUAAAGCUCUACGUCUGGACGAUAAAAUCGGUAAUUUCGAAGUCGGCAAAGAUUUUGAUGCUCAAGUGAUUGACGUAUUUGCAAAUGGCGGACAAAUUGAUAAGUACGACUACACAAUGGAGGGAAACGAACAAGAUCGUGUGUCGCAGCUGUUACAACGCUUCAUAUAUUUGGGCGACGAUAGAAAUAUAACACAAGUGUAUAUUAAAGGAAGAAAAGUAAAAGGUUGACAAAAAUGUGAUUAAAACAUUCCAAAUAUAUUUUUCGUUGA